AUGGCGGAAGACCUUACUAGGAUGUGGGGGAAUUUUUCAUUAACGGAAGAAGAAGGUAUUGAGGUGGAGAUCAAUGAUGGUGCUCUAGAAGGAGCUGUAACUAGAUGGGGAAAACUUUGUCCGGUGGGAAAGGGAAAGCAGUUUCCGUCGGAUGUACUGUACGACAUCUUUUCCCGGCUACCCAUCAAGACACUCUUACGCUUCAGGUGCGUCUCUCCGCUGUGGUGCACCAUCAUCGACGAUCCAGACCUUGCUCGCACGCACCGACUCCGACGCGUUGAAGAACCCAAAAUUCUACUUAUGGAACCCACGUACAAACCGGACCCAGUGUUUCGAGAAGAUAGGAGGGGGCUCUUAAGGUUUGUAAAUUGCCAAGCGUAUUCUCUUGAGGGCUGCUGCAAUGGGUUGCUUUGUUUCACAAGACGUUUCUGGAAUUGCAACCAUAGCCCUUUGUUUUUGGUUAAUCCUCAAAGGCAACAAGUUGUAGAGCUGCAACGUCCCCCUUGCAAAGGCGCCCCAUGGCCUCCAGUGCAUGAUUCAAUGUGCAGUUGUAGUUAUGGUUUGGGGUUUGAUUGUUCAACAAAUACAUACAAGAUUGUUGGACUUUUUUUCAAUGAUAAAAAUACAGGCGAUGAUGAUGAUGAUUUAUGUGCCCAAGUGUACACUCUUGGAAGAGGUAGAGGCUCCUCGUGGAGAGCCGUUAAAGGUCCUCCUAAAGCCACAAUUAGGAGUCCUAAGGGUCAUUUCUAUGGAAGGCCUGUAUAUGCACGUGGAGCACUUCAUUGGCUUGUUAGGCCUGGAGAUUAUCAUCAUAGGGGAGGUAUUUGGGUUGAUUUAUCCACCCAGAUUUCAGUCUAA